AUGGCAAAUUCAAAGAGCUCAUCGGGUGUCAGAAAUUUUGUGUAUCCUGGAAAGCAGGCUCACGCUUUGCUCCCUCCCAAAAGCCCAUUUCCUAGUAUUUCUCAAGCAUAUGCUGAUUAUGUCUCAAAUCCUACAGUUGGUUCAAGACCUGUUAAUAAGCCAAGAGACGGAAACACACACCACCAACGUACUUCAUCUGAGAGCCAUCUUAUUGAGGAGCAGCCAUCAUGGCUAGAUGAUCUUCUAAAUGAGCCGGAUACACCUGUCAGAAAGGGUGGUCAUAGGCGUUCAUCAAGUGAUUCUUUUGCAUAUGUCGACACUCUUAAUGCGCCGAACAUCAGUUAUGCGGAUCAUGACGAUUAUAAAUAUAAGAAUUUCUUAUCUAUUCCGGCUUGGUCACCUCCAGAUUUUGAUCGAAACAAAGAUGCUCGUCAUGUUCCCAUGUAUUCAGAAAUGAAUGCAGCAAGACAGAAAAAUAGAUCAUGGGACUCUUUUUCGAAUAUGAGUGGCGCUCCAUCUGGCAAAGACAGCGUAGCUUUUCAGAGAUCAGGAUCACCGACACCAUGUACACUGUAUGAAGCAGAUCGGAUCCUACCAACUGCAAAUGAAAAUCAUGAUUCAGUAGAAUCUGGCUUACAAGACACUAGAUCAUCUUUUGAAAGAAAGGACGGUUUGCAUGCAAAGUCAUCUGCUUCUGAAACAGAUACAAAACGCGCUAAACAGCAAUUUGCUCAACGGUCACGGGUUCGUAAACUUCAGUACAUAGCCGAGCUGGAAAGAAAUGUACAGUCUUUACAGGCAGAAGGGUCUGAAGUAUCGGCUGAGCUUGAGUUUCUUAACCAGCAGAAUCUUAUCCUGAGUAUGGAGAAUAAAGCACUCAAACAACGUUUAGAAAGUUUAGCACAGGAGCAGCUUAUCAAAUACUUGGAGCAGGAAGUACUGGAAAGAGAGAUUGGAAGAUUACGUGGCAUGUAUCAACAACACCUGCAACAGUCACAUCAGCCUCAACAACAACCAUCUGGCAGUCAUAGACGCACAAACAGCAGAGACCUUGACUCUCAGUUUGCCAACCUUUCUCUCAAGCACAAGGACACCAACCCGGGGCACGACCCUUCAAAUGGAGCUCUCAGAAUUUAG